GUAAGAAGUGAGAGAGAAGAGGGGGGGGGUUGUAUCAAUGCUUGACAAGCGGAAAGAUCAAAGGAUCAAGGAUCAAGGAUCAAGGAGGAUUCUUUCUCAACCUUCCUUCAAGCCCCGCAGAGAACGAAGCGAAUAGUCCGCAACCUUUGAUGACCAAACCGUUUGCCCGGUGAAAUUCGCAACUGGCUGCGCAGGCUCGUCACUCCAAAACAGAACAGAAGAUCCUCCCUGGAAGUUGGCUCACAAAUCUCAAACAAAAAACAAAAAAACAUUCACCAAAACAACCAAGAAAGCACAAACAACAUGAUGUCCAGAGGUUUGCUCUCGCUGCUUCUGCUAGCCUCGUUUGCGCAUAGCACCACGGCUUCUUCGAACAAUAGUUACAGCAAGUUCUGUCAUGAAGAGACUCAUCCCUUUGACUCUUUUGUUCACAAGUCGGUGUACACUGUUGGCGUCCAUGCCAUUCGUGGACUCGAUUCAGCAGUGGCAGAAACAAACAUGACCUUUGCGACGUACCUGACCGAAACGGCCGGGAAGCGUUUCGACCCACCCAUUCAAUUCCAAGUGAAACCUUUCUACUUUGAUGGCAUCUUUAAUGCAAUUGAUAAUGAUGAAUUGGACUUUCUCUACAGCAACCCUGGCGUGUAUUCAUGCAUUGGAACUGAAGUCGGUGCGACAGCGCUCACCACUGCUGUCAAGCGCUUGACGGUUCGAGACAAGACCUUCGAUCUUGAUGUUUACGGAGGAGUCAUUGCCGUGAGGGCUGACAACAAGGAGAUAAACUCAAUCGGAGACCUGAAGGACAAGAUCAUUGGUGCGGGUGCCAUCAUCGACUUGAUGGCAGGCCAGAUGCAGAUCUAUGAGAUGGGACGUGCGGGUUUGUCCUAUGUCAACGACCCCCGUCAGGUGGUCUUCACCAAGAAUCAAAUUGAUGUCGUCAAUGGUGUCUUGGAUGGGAUUUUCGAUGUCGGCUUCAUUCGAACGGAUCAAAUUGAGAUCACCGAGGACGAACAUGGCAACUUGCUUGAUCCUGAUCUCUUCAAGAUCAUUGAACCAAAGAUCUACGUGAUGCAGAAUGGAGACAUCUUCCCGUUCUUGCAUUCCACAGACAUAUUCCCGGAGUGGCCUCUGGCAGCCAUGGAUAGUGUUGCAUCUGAUGUGGCUCUGGAGGUCCAAGAAGCUCUCUUGAGCUUCGAGAAGUACGCCAAGGUGGGGGACGAAGUGAAGAAGUGCAAGGAAAAUUUGGAUGCCGACUUCUGCGAAGCCGUGGAGCCAUGGGAUUACUACGCAGAAGCCCCAUGUGACACUACCCAUGAAUUGGCCGAACUUGCAUCUACUGCCUCCAAGGUGGGCUUGUUCGCGGGAUUUCGUACAAGUCGGUCUUACUUUGAACUUCGGACAAUGCAGCAAGAGGCUGGUUUCAUGCUUCAAAACGAUGAAGGAGACUGGUACUGCACCCGUCCGUCAAAUUUGUAUGAGGGCAUCACGUGUCCUGAAGGAUUCUUUAAGAGAAGUGAGGAUGAGUUUCUCAAUGGCUGUGCCCAAGUAGGCUUGUCUUGUGAUCAGAAUGAGGACUACGAUUGCUUUUGUAAGCCCUGCGUCGAAGCCUAUGACGUCGAUGUUUACGAACAUGAAGCAGGGGCCGAAGAUCUCCAUCUCGUGGAACACUACGGGACAAGCCUUCCAGGCUGUAAGAAAAUGUCUAUCUGCGGUCAGGUGGAGCAAGGGGAGAGCAUUACCCUUCGAAUCUACGACAAUGAGAUGAGGGACGGUGCUACUGUCCAUGUCGUCUCUCACGCUGGAGACGAGGAAAAAGAGCUUUGGGUCAACCAUAUUGAGGGAACGUACGCCUACGAGUUCACUGUUUUUGACAAGGCUGUGCAAACACAAGUUGUCGACAUUUCCGUGAAUGGGGUCCCCAUUUCGCAAUCCCCAAUUCGAGUGAUGGUUGUACCCAAGGACUGCGACGUUAUCUACGGCGAGAGUGCCCUACGACAAGCUGAUGCGCUUGGAAACUGUGUCUGCCGUGACAACACCUACGAGCUGGGCAGUAAAUGUUUGGAGGCGCACUGGUUCUUUUUGAUGAUCUUUGGCCUCGCCUUCGCCGUCUUAGCGGUGUUCGUUGGUAUGUUACUUCAGUACAAGAAGAAGCAAACAGACAGUGUAUGGCACGUGAGCGUGGAUGAAUUGCACUUGAAUGAGCCUCCAGAGGUGAUUGGCCAGGGUGCCUUUGGUGUCGUUGUACUCGGCCAAUAUCGUGGAACAAAGGUCGCCGUGAAACGGGUUUUGCCACCCGAAAUCAAGCAACGCAAAGACUCUCAUCACUCGUCACAGCUGUCGGGGUCGGGUUCGCUUCAGUUGUCGAAUAAAGCACCCUCGAAAACAAUGACAGCGUCGAUGUCUAAAAAAGAUCCCAAGGUUUCCAAGCCAAACGUCCAGUUCCUUGCUGAGGUUGACGGAGACAUUGAAGCCCCGCCGGAUAAGAAACACAGCAGUAGCAACAUCAGUAUGUCCAAUAACAAGGCAUGGGAAGAGCUUCUUCUUGAUGACAGAAAGUACAACAGCGCCCUGAAGGUCCUCGAAACGGCUACACUCUCUAACCAUGGAAGCAGUUCCUGGAAUGGAUUCUACAUGGCCAGUUCCAGCAGCCGCAGCAGGUUGUCAGACAUGGUACCGUUGUGGAUGCGAUUUGAUGAACAUUCCCGGCUCCGCAGAGAGUUUGUCAAUGAGAUGCGUCUGCUCUCUCGCCUAAGGCAUCCCUGCAUCACAACCGUGAUGGGGGCAGUCAUCGCUCCACGAGUUGACCCAAUGCUUGUGAUGGAGUACAUGGAGUACGGAAGCCUUUACGAUCUCCUUCGGAAUGAAACCAUGUAUGCUGGCGGAGAAAUCAUUCUGCAAAUCAUCAAAGACAUUACGCAGGGAAUCAAUUUCCUUCAUAGCUCCAGGCCACCGAUUCUCCACGGGGACCUCAAGGCCAAGAACAUCUUGGUCGAUAGUCGUUUCAGGGCCAAGGUCGCUGACUUUGGCUUCAGUCACAUCAAAUGCGGGACAGGCAAGACCAAAAGUGUGCUACAGGGAACGCCCAUUUUCCUUGCUCCAGAAUACUUGAAGCGAAAGACGGAAUACUCGACCGAGUGCGACAUGUACUCUUACGGCAUGAUUCUCUAUGAAAUCUAUGCUCGCAGCGAUCCCUUUGAAGGCGAAGACUUGAGGGAUAUUCUCCCAAAGGUCUGCCAUCCCCGCAUCAACAAGCGCCCACCCGUUCCAGAAGCUUGUCCACCAAAAAUGGCGGAAGUUAUGAAGAAGUGCUGGUCCGCAAAUCCCUUCUUCCGCCCCUCCGCCAAGGAUGUUGACUACAUCCUUGUGGAGAUGAGUAGCAAAGAGGCGGAACCUCUUGUUGGAAUGCAGCAAAACAAGAAGGAAAGGAACAGACCGACAUCCCUUUACGAUGUGUUCCCAAAGGCGGUAGCGGAUGCGCUCAACGCGGGCAAGAAAGUUGAACCAGAAUCGCAUGAGAUCGUGACAGUUGUCUUCUCGGACAUUGUUGGAUUCACCACCAUCAGCCAAACAUUUGAACCAAUUCAAGUAUCAAAGAUGCUCGACAGACUUUACAAUGCCUUCGAUGCAUGUGCUACAAGGCACAAUGUUUUCAAAGUCGAGACGAUUGGAGAUGCGUACAUGGGUGUGACAAACCUGAGCGGGCAGGAAUUCGAAACCCAUGUGAAGCAAGUUGCUGAGUAUGCCAUGGAGAUCAUUGCAGCUGCAAGCAAGAUCUUGAUCGACGAGGAUGCACCCGAAAAAGGUUGCGUGAAGAUUCGAGUAGGCUUCCACAGCGGUCCUGUCGUGAGUAAUGUCAUUGGCAGUUUGAAUCCGAGAUAUGGACUCUUCGGCGACACGGUGAAUACAGCAUCAAGAAUGGAGUCGAACUCGGUGGUUGGACGAAUCCAUUGCACACACGCCGCAGCACAGCUUCUGAUGCAACAGGCCCCAGAGAUUCCGGUGACUUUGCGCGGAAAGAUUGAAGUCAAGGGCAAGGGCAAGAUGAUGACUUACUGGGUUGGCAACGAAAUGAUCGAUAUGGACUUGCCUCCGAUUCCCGACGUAUCAGAGGCGGCCUCUGAAAGCGUUCACAACAUACUUGCUGACCUUGCAAACAUCGAGGACGAAGACGACGAAGAAGUUGACGACGCCAUCAGUGCGGGCGAUACUACAUGUACCCCAAAGACGGAAGAAAUGUCCGAUUGCCCUGGAUCGUCUUUCUCGUCCGCGGAUCAGGACGACAACAUCAAUGUAGUCUCGGAUAUUCUCUUGAAUCUCAUCAAGCAGAUCGUGGCCGCAAGACCAAGGAAUGGUGCUAAACGCACUCCUGCCGAGGACGCAGCCAUCAAGGAGCUGGAGCAGACAAUCGGGAAGGACGUGAACCUGCUGGAGAAGGCAUCGGAGGCGAUUGUGUUCCCCGACACGAAAGACGUUCGCGUUCGCGAUCUCAAGAGAGUUGUUCUGGGUAACGAGGUGCAACAGCAGCUCCACCAUUUUGUCGAGGUUGUCGCUUCCAAGCACAAUUCUGAGGCGCCGUUCCACUCGUUUGACCACGCUGUUAGCGUGUGUGAAGCGGCAAACCGGUGGUUGUAUGAAGCAUCUUUGAAGCAAAGCGACACUGAUGAUUGUGUUGCGGGAAUUGCAACAGACAGCGUAUCUCGGUUUGCCGCCGUGAUUGCAGCCCUUUUGCACGACGUCGAUCACCGCAGCAUGCCCAACAGCUGUCUGUCAUCGGCCGAACCCACACUGCAUGAAAAAUACCGCGGCAAGGCCACCCAGGAACAGAACUCGCUAGAGAAAGGAUGGGAGAUCUGGCUUCGUCCCGAAUUUGCAGAUCUCCGUGCCUGCAUCUACCAAACAAAAGACGAAUUUGUUCGAUUUCACCAGAUAUUGGUUCAUGAAGUGAUUGCAACCGACAUCUUUGACCCUGACAUGGCCAGGGAUCGUCUGACACGGUGGGAAGAGGCUUUUGAUCUGACCGCCGAAGGGACAGAUAGGAGUAGCUCCGACCAAAAGAGCGUUGCUCUGUUGGAACUGUUGAUUCAGGCCGCUGACAUUUCCCACACAAUGCAGAGUUGGACCAAAUACAUCAGGUGGAACUCUGCGUUGUUCCAUGAAAUGCGCCGAGACUACAAGCUCGGAUUGCUGCAGGACGAUCCCUGCCUGACCUGGUACGAAGGCGAAACCAAGUUUUUUGACACGUAUGUCAUUCCUCUUGCACACCGCAUGCAAGAUUGCGGUGUCUUUGGGACUUCCGGAGUCGACUGUAUGCGAAGGGCCGAACGAAACCGCCGAAAGUGGCAACAGGAAGGACCAGGGCUCGUGAACAGCUGGGUGGCUGUAUCGCAAACCGCGGAUGAGUUUUUCCCCGCGGUUCAGCCUUCGGAUGACGCCCCGGACAAGAAGAAAUUGGAUACCUAUCUCAAAAUGAAGAAAGAUCUUGAAGUGGCUGCGAUAGCUUGAGCUUCGCUUCAUCAAGUUGGUUUUGCAGCUUGAAAGGCGGCUGCUUCCCUUCCAUUCCUAUGCUUCAUUCAUUUUUCAAACGUUCUAUUUGUUUUGCUGCCUCCUCCAACUUCUAUCUUCUAUCUUCCUACGAACAAGAAACCAAGAAUUUUGGGUUGAUUCCGUCAGGAUUUGGGACAUCGAAUCUACCAUACAUUUAUUUUAUCAUAUCAUAACUUACAUCUACUAUAAUAAACUCCGUUUCAAUGCAUGCA